UGUAGUUCUUCUGCAGGAAAAUAUGAAGUACUCAAAUACAGAUCUGGGAGAGUUCACCUCUAUCGGCGAUGUCCUUCAACCGAGGAAUGCUAAGAAACCUCUGAUACAGAUAAAAGAUCUUGACGAAGCUGAAGUCAAGACUCGACAAGCAUUUGAAAACCAACUAGUUGAAACAAGUUGAUUCUUUUUUAAGAAGCAGAACUUUAUAAGAAAAUUAUGUAUAAGGAUAAUAUUUUGGAAGCCCUUUGACUGGUUCAUUAUCUUCUUAAUUAUUGUUAAUUCUCUUAUGCUUGGCAUGAUGGAUUACACUGACAAAGAAAACAAAAGUUGGAGGAACAAAAUUGUUGAUCGUACUGAGCCUAUCUUUAUAAUUCUCUUCACACUAGAAUGUGUUAUAAAAAUAAUCGCAAUGGGCUUCAUAGGUGGAAAAGGCACUUAUAUGAGAGACGCUUGGAACUGGCUUGAUUUCUUAGUGGUUAUCACAAGUCUCCUCAGUCUUUUGCCGUCAUUUUCAAAUUACUCAAGCAUUAGGACAUUUAGACUGUUUAGGCCACUGAGAAGCCUGACUUCAUUAGGGUCAAUGAAGCUGUUGAUAGGGACCUUGUUAUCUUCUGUGGUAGGAUUGGGAGAAAUUAUGAUAUUUGCAUUCUUCUUCUUGCUCAUUUUUGCUAUUUUGGGAAUAUCACUAUGGGCAGGAGAUAUCCAUUAUCGUUGAAGGAUUACUCCAACUCCUGUAGGUGGAGACUGGAUAGUAGCUCCUGGUGAUUAUACGACUUGUGGGGAUAGAACAUGCCCAGAUGGAACAUACUGUGGAUCCCUGAUAGACCAAUUUGACAAUCAUGGCACGGUGAAUGUGUCUGAUUUAUAUAGAGACACAAAGAUUGCAAAUCUGAACUGGGGUUUUACAAAUUUUGAUAAUAUUGCUUAUGCGUUUCUGACCAUAUUUCAAGUAACAACAAUGGAAGGAUGGACAAAUAUUAUGUAUAUCUAUCAAAACUCUUCAUCUAGAUACAUUGCCCCACUUUAUUUUGUCUUCUUACUAUUUGUCGGCUCAUUUUUUAUCCUAAACCUGACUAUCGCUAUCAUGUUAGAUAAGUAUGAAGAGAUCUCAUCUGCUCAAGGAGACAAAGAAAUGAUCAAUGAAUUAUUUGACAUUGGAAGAGAAGCUGGCCUUCCAAAUGAACUGACUGAAUUCUUGUUGAACCAUGAUAUAAAGGCUAAGAAGAGGAAGCAAAGUAAAGAGAAUUGGAAGGCUAAUCUGAAGCAUAGCCUUUAUGAAAAUUUUAUCUAUAACUCUGAAGUUGAAAUUCCAAAAGGAAAAUACCACUCUAUCAAAUUUACAAGAUUCUUCUUUCUACUAGUCGAGGCUCCUUUCUUCAACUCAUUCAUCUUCUUAUGAAUCAUCAUCAACACAAUCCUAUUAUCUCUCUCAAAGCAUCCUGAAUAUGAUGACAGCUUUAAUGAAUUCCUAGAUUACUGUAACAUAGUCUUCACAGUGAUCUUUACUCUGGAGGUGGUCCUGAAGGUCAUCGGGAAGGGCAUGAAGGAAUUCUCAAGAGAUAGGUUCAACCUUUUUGAUACCUUGAUUGUUGUAAUUUCUAUUUUUGAGCUCUUUGUUUCGAGUGGAAAUUCGAGUUUUUCGGCCCUGAGGGCAUUUAGGCUGUUUAGGAUCUUUAAAAUAUUUCGUGUAGGGAAUCUCAGGGUUCUCUUGGAUUCAAUUACAAUGACGAUAGGUUCUAUUGGCAAUUACGUGGUGCUCUUAAUCCUAUUCAUAUACAUAUAUGCUUUACUUGGAAUGCAGUUCUUUGCAGGGAAGCUGAAAUUCGAUGAAGAAGGAAAUCACGAUUUAGAAAAUGGCACAAGAAGCCGGGAGAACUUCGAUAAUAUUGGGUGGGCCUUCCUGACCAUCUUCAAGAUCUUAAUUGGAGAUAACUGGAACAUCAUAAUGUACGACUGUAUGAGGGCUACAGGUGAUAUCUCAGCACUAUACUUCAUCUCACUGGUUGUAAGUGGGAGUAUUAUUAUGCUUAAUCUAUUUCUGGCUGUAUUGCUUGGUAAUUUCGAUAAUGCAAGAGUUUAUAUGAACAAGAAGAAAUUACUGACUGAGUUAGAAAUUUGUAAGAAGAAAGAUAUGGAAUUGAAGGAAAGCCUAAGAUUAGUACUCGGCAAAGUAGCAGAGAUCGCUAUUGCCAAUAUAGGUGGCUUGGACAUUAAGAAGCAUAAAGAGAAGGUUUCAAAGAGUUAUUAUAGAAGAGCAAAAACUACUGUUAGUGGGGGUAAUAAAAUGGUCAGGAAAAGGAAUGAAAAUGACCUGAAAUUUGUAAAAGAUUUAAAGGUUACAAAACUGGUUUCCCUUCCUGUUCAAAUGCCCACUCGGAUGUUGACUUCAAGCGCCGCUGCAGAAUCAGAGAACAACAAAUCCCACAAUUCCAAAGAAGACCUGUCCCUUAAAGAGGAUCCCUCUGAGCAAAUAAUCAUAAGAGAGCCAGAGAAUGACCCUGAACAGCUCCAUGUGCGCUUUGAGUCUAAAGAUGAAGAAUCUAAGGAAGAGUCCAAAUGGGAAGACAACCAUGAUGGCCCAGCCAACCAGCAAGACGGCAAAGCUUAUGACGAACAGAUCGAAGAAGAAAGUAAAAGGAACCUUGUUGAACUCAGAGAGGGGAGUAAUCAGAAUUUAGAUAAGAACGUCCAUAGGACAUACACUAACUCAUUAGGGCUCUCCUCCAGGAACGACCUUUCUUCAAUUGUCCAAGUAGAGCGAGAACAGGUUGAAAAAGCAGAAGGCUAUAGAUUUGUUAAACUUUCUCGUGCCAAGAGCCCUUUAUCCAAUUCAUCUUUCAAAAUGUCUGAAAUAUUAGAAGAAACAUCUGUAAAGGAGAGCGAUCUUCAUGUUUUCCGAAGAAUAUGGUCUUAUAUGAAGAGGAGCUCAUUAUUCAUUUUUAGUGACAAAUGGGAAAUACGAAAAUUUCUAUUGAUCCUUGUACUUGGAUCCGAAAAUCUAAUUGAACUUAACGAGGCACUCAAAAAUUCAGAGGAGUUUGGUAUCAAAGACUUACAAAAAUCUUAUCAUAUCAAAGACAUACAAAUAGUUGAAGGGAAAUUGCUCACUGACAAGAGACAUAUUGGUUACUCAAAAGUAUUUGAAUCUAUCAUAAUUGGACUUAUCUUAGCAUCUUCUAUUCUUCUCUGAGUGGAUACGCCUCUUACAAACCCAGAGUCAGUGUUCUUUAUGCUGCUGAAGUACUUGGACUAUAUAUUCACUUUCUUAUUUCUGAUAGAAGCUAUUUUGAAGAUUAUUGCACUAGGAUUCAUCAACAAUAAUUUCCCAGGUAUUUCCCCAUAUAUUCUAAAUGCAUGGAAUAUUUUAGACUUAUUUGUAGUUGUCAGCUCACUUAUUGACUUUUCAUUCACUGUUUCAUCAAGUGGACCUGAUACAACACAAUUGAAAAGCCUAAAAGCUUUGAGAGCAAUUCGAGCCUUAAGGCCGCUAAGAAUGAUUAGUAGAAAUGAAGGCUUGAAGAUCUCGAUUAAUGCUCUGUUCUCAUCAAUUCCAGCUAUGGCCAAUGUUUUGCUUGUCUGUGUACUCUUCUUGUUGAUAUUCGCCAUUAUGGGAGUAGACUUCUUCAAGGGAGCUUUCUAUAGCUGUGAAGGACUGACUGAUGAAAUUUUGCAAACAGUUAAAACCAAACAAGAUUGCUUAGCCCAAGGUGGUAGCUGGGACAAUUAUUUUGUAAACUUUGACAAUACCAUCAAUGCAAUGUUUGCUCUUUUUCAAAUGACAACAACCGAAGGAUGGGUCAGUGUGAUGAACAGAGGUGUUGACACAAGAGGUAUUGAUAAACAGCCUGAGACCAACAACCAAAUUUUUAUGAUCAUAUAUUUCGUCUGCUUCAUGGUUAUAGGAUCUCUCUUUAUUAUCAAUCUAUUUGUUGGCGUGAUCAUUGAUAACUUUAACAAAAUAAAAGAAUCAGAAGAAAUGGGAGGUAAAGGUAUUUUCAUUACUGAAAACCAAAAGAAAUGGGUUGAAAUUCAACACAUCAUGUUACGUCAAUCCUUGAGGUUUAAACCUCCUGAACCGAAAAGUAAAUGGAGAAAGAAGGUCCAUGAUCUUGUCAAUCAUCAGUAUUUCGAAGGGUUCAUCAUGAUCUGAAUUUUAUUAAACACACUUCUGAUGUCAAUGAGAUAUGCAAGAAUGUCAGAUAAUUAUGAGCUGACUCUGGAAACAAUCAACACGGUGUUCAGCAUCAUAUUCAAUCUUGAAAUGAUCCUUAAAAUUAUUGGAAAUGGAGUACACUAUUUCAAAGGAUCCUGGAACAGAUUUGACUUUAUCAUUGUUAUUGGCACAGAUAUUGGUUUCAUCAUGAGUUUGUUCUUAAGUAUCAAUAUCUCAACAGCAGCUACUGUGGUUAGGGCCUUUAGGAUCCUCAGAAUUUUUAGAUUAAUGAAAUCAUUUGGAAAGAUGAUACUCGAUGCCUUAGUGUAUAUCAUUCCGCAGAUCACAAACAUAAUGUCUCUGAUCUUCUUGUUGCUGUUCAUUUAUUCAUGCUUAGGGAUUUCUCUCUUUGCAACCGUGAUGUACAAAGAGAAUUAUAACAGAUUGAAUAAUUUCAGGAACUUCUUUUUCUCAAUAAUUAUUCUCUUGAGAUGAGCUACUGGAGAAGAUUGGAAUCUAGUUAUGGAAGAUCUUGGAGAAAGUGGAGAAUUUGAUGGGGUUUAUUGAACUGAUGAUCAGACUUAUGACGAAAUGCAAACAGAUGGUGUAUUAGGAUGAGGAUCUAAUUUUGCAAUCCCUUAUUUUACUUCUUUUGUGUUGAUAAUUUCCUUCAUCGCAAUGAACUUGACAGUUGCAGCUGUUAUUGAUGGUCUCGCAUCAGCAAGAAAAGACGAGGGAGCAUUGAUCAGCAGUGAUAAUAUUAACACAUUUAUCCAUCUUUGGUCAGACUAUGACCCAAAAGCAACAGGUUGGAUUUCAAUAGAUGCAUAUGUUUUCCUUCUAUUUGAACUCCCAAAGCCGAUCGGCUUAGGUCGAGAAGUGCCACAAUCAUAUCAAAAGGAUUAUGUGACACUCUACAAUUCUCAAAUGGAGCAGAACUCCAUAGAAGUAAGGAUUGAGGUUGGCAAAGAUGUCAGGCAUGCAGAGUACCUACAAGAAUGCAAAGAGAUACUUCUGAUCAAGGAUAAAGUUCGCAAUAAGAGGUAUUUUUACCAUACUGAAAAGAAGAUCUUAUUGAAAGAAAGUCUAUGGCUGAAGAUCUUGAAAGACUACAACAUUCCUAUAUACGACAACCGUAGAAUGCAUUUCAAAGACGUCUGCAAGAGGUUGAUUAAAUAACUCUUCCGGCAAUGAGAACCCAGAUGGAGUCCUAAAAAGGAAAUUAAGGAAAAAGUGGGAUAGCAGAUAUAAAAGUGCAUCUAAGAAAGAUAUCAUAUCAACUGUUGAUAAGAUUAUUGCUGUCAGGAUCAUUUCAAAAUGGGUUCGCUACGAAAGAAAUUCUCUAAGAAUGAGCCAACGAAAGCCCCUGUCAUUAGAACUUAUUAAUAGCCAAAAGAGUAGGGAAAAUCAUCCAGAGUGUAAUGGAGGGAUGAAGCCUAGAACUUGCAUAAAUACAGUAGUAGAAAGGGAUGAAUUCAUUUCCAUUUCUGAGGAAGAUAGAUCAUCUAAGAUAAUUCCUAAGAACAUUAACCAUUUUGAAGAAGAGGAGAAGAACAAUGAGCUGAAAACUGUAGAUCCUUGUAACAAAAAUCAUGUAGAAAGUGAGGAAGAAUUCACUGCCGAAAAUCAGGAUAUGAAGACCGCAAGGGUGAGGCUCCCAGAAGAAGAGCGAAAGUCAGCUCCAUUCCAUAUUGGUCAUGCAGAGAAUAAGAGCUUAAACCUUAUGAAAUUUGGAGAACAUGUGCCUGGUAUAAAGCCUAAGAAAGGAGCUCAAGGCUUCUCAUUCUACUCUUCAAUAGACAGGAAAUAUGGAGCUGAUGAAGUUGAGGAGCUUAGCAUCGAAGAAGCUAAAGAAAUUGAGGAAUAGAAAUAAAACUUAUUAACUAAAUUCGAC